UCCUCGAUCAAAGCAACAUGGGACUCCUCGACGUUGUCAAGGCUGGUGUCCUCACCGGCGACGAAGUUACCGCCGUCUACCAAUAUGCCAAGGACCAUGGAUUCGCCAUCCCAGCCGUGAACUGCACCAGCUCCAGCACCGUGAACGCUGUGCUCCAGGCCGCGCGCGACAUUAAGAGCCCCGUGAUCAUCCAAUUUUCCAACGGUGGCGCGGCGUUCUAUGCCGGCAAGGGCCUCUCCAACAAGGGCGAAUUCGCUUCGAUUACCGGUGCCGUUGCCGGUGCUCACCACGUCCGCUUGCUGGCCAAGCACUACGGUGUCCCAGUGAUCCUCCACUCUGACCAUUGCGCCAAGAAGCUCCUCCCUUGGUUUGACGGUAUGCUUGCUGCUGAUGAAGAGUACUUCGCCAUCCACGGUGUCCCUCUCUUCUCGUCGCACAUGUUGGACUUGUCCGAAGAAUCCUUGGAAGAAAACGUGCACAUCAGCAAGGAAUACUUCAAGCGCAUGGCCAAGAUCAACCUCACGUUGGAAAUCGAAUUGGGCAUCACGGGUGGAGAAGAAGACGGCGUUGACAACAGCGGCGUCGACAACUCUUCGCUGUACUCUCAACCAUCGGACAUUUUGUACGCGUACGAACAAUUGUCGGAAGUGUCGCACCGCUUCACCAUCGCCGCGGCGUUCGGUAACGUGCACGGCGUGUACAAACCCGGUAACGUGAAACUCCAUCCCGAACUGUUGGAAGGCUUCCAAGCGCAUGUCGCGGCCAAGUUGAGCACCGGCGUCACCAAGCCCGUGUUCUUCGUGUUCCACGGCGGCUCCGGCUCCACGGAACAGGAGAUCCAAACCGCCGUCAAGGCCGGCGUGGUCAAGAUGAACAUCGAUACGGACACCCAAUGGGCGUACUGGAACGGUCUGCGCAAGUUUUACAUUGAGAAGGAAGGCUACCUCCAGGCCCAAAUCGGCAACCCCGACGGCGCCGACAAGCCCAACAAGAAGUACUACGACCCUCGCGUGUGGGUGCGCAAGGCCGAAGAAGAACUGAUCGUCCGCGUGCACGAAGCCUUCCGCAACCUCAACAGCACCAACGUGUUGUAACUAUUGUACUAACUAAAUGGUGCCUCUUUCAUCAUGUGCAAGUGAUAGGUUAGUAUGUACUUGCAUUCACAUGACAUUGAUUGUGCAUUAAAACCAG